AUGGCGGCCCUGCACGCGGCAGCCAGGGGUGGGGGAGGAGAGGAGGAGGGAGAGAAGGGGGACGAGAAGGACGAGGACCCGGAGAAGAGGGGGAGGAAGCGNGGGCCCGGGGGCGCGGCGGACGCGCGGCGGCGGCCCCGGGAGCAGCGCUCGCUGCGGCUGAGCAUCAACGCGCGAGAGCGGCGGCGGAUGCACGACCUGAACGACGCGCUGGACGGGCUGCGCGCCGUCAUCCCUUAUGCGCACAGCCCGUCGGUGCGCAAGCUCUCCAAGAUCGCCACGCUGCUGCUUGCCAAGAACUACAUCCUCAUGCAGGCGCAGGCCCUGGACGAGAUGCGGCGCCUCGUGGCCUACCUCAACCAGGGCCAGGGCCUGGCGGCGCCUGUGGCCGCUGCGCCCCUGACGCCCUUUGGCCAGGCCGCUGUAUACCCCUUCUCUGCGGGCGCCCCUCUGCCCUGCCCUGACAAGUGCACCGCCUUCUCCGGGACGCCCUCGGCGCUUUGCAAACACUGUAACGAGAAGCCAUGA